CCGCCGCAUCCAGAGCUAAAUCAGCCCCACCAAGGCGAGGUUCGGAACAGAGCAGCAGCAUCAGAGCGACUUUCCACCAGGGUCUUCAUUUAGACACCUUACCGUGACUCCAUCUGUGUUUACCUACAACACCUAAUGUAAGAGAGGGGAGGGGGGAAAAAAGACGGGGACCUCAACCAGAGAAGAUGGGAGCGUUUGGGAUGAUAGUCGGGACUUUACAUUAUAUGGGACUCUAUAUUCAACUCAGCGCCACGUCCAGACCCAAUGGACACACAGAGGUAGAAAACCACCUCACCGGGAACGCGAUGUUCACAGAGGUGCCCCAGGACCUGAGCGUCCAGCGGGGGCAGGAUGUGGAGAUGGCCUGCUCCUUCCGGGGGGCGGGGACACCUUCCUAUUCGCUGGAGAUUCAGUGGUGGUACAUCAGGAACCAGAAGGAUUGGUCAGACAAGCAGCCUUGGGAAACCAAUCAGGUUGUGCCCCAGGAUUACAAGCCUAAAGAUGCCACUAAAAUCAGUGUGGUCAAAGUGGCUGGCAGCAACAUCUCCCACAAGCUCCGCCUCUCCAGUGUGAAGCCGUCAGAUGAGGGCACGUACGAGUGUCGUGUCAUCGAUCUCAGCGACACCACAGCCCGCCACCACCGUGCCCGGGCCUACCUACAGGUCCUCCCAGAGAGACACCAGGACCAGGAGGUGGGCUACCAUGGUGCCAGCCUCAACCCUCAGCAGGAUAGCACCAAGUCAGCCAUCAGCUCUGGUGGUCACCACCCCCACCACCACACCCACCUCCAGGAGCAGGGGCUUCCAGCAGCAGCAGCAGCCCAGCACAGCUCCAUCCAGGCAGGCAAGGAGGCGAGGAAGAGGUCUGGGGAGAGCCACAGCCCAAGUGACUGCAUAGACAGCUGUGUGCCAUAGAGGCCUCUCUUUGGCCUAGUCUAGCCUCUGUCUGGCUCAUGCCCAGCCCUGUGUCUCUACGCUGUAGCCAACACAACAAAACAACAAACCCCUCCACUUCUGAACAUCUGUUUCCCCCCCCUGGCUUGUCACCAGCCUUGUGCUCCCAUUCUCAGAGUAACCCCCUUCCUCUCUCUCUCUUCUAGGUUAUCCACACUGUAUAUAUUAUUGUAUACAAAUGUAACAAGUGCAUGUUAAGUAGGUUGAUCCAUUUAGGGUUGGUAGGAGACCCCUUCUUUGAACUCGUAGUUCUGACUUCUGAAUUUGACCGCUUUGGUCUGUCUGCUGCUUGGCUGUUCACAACCCUCACGCAGCACCGCUGUCCAUCUGUGUUCCCUGGUCGCGCCGCGUGGGCAGUGCUCUGAGAAGCGUUGGUGCCAUAAAGCUGGUAAUCCCCUCUUCCCAGCCCCUGGAGGGAGAGGGUCCUUUAGGCAGUCCUCCUUGUGAGAUGAGAAUGCUAGGGAACGAUGAUACACUCAUUUUGUGUUGUCCUAACUGCUUUCCACUGGACUCGCCCAUGUUGCUAAAUACAGACGUACUGCAUCCCCCAGACUGUCAAAGCAGCCGCUCGGAGUAAUGUGGGUGUUUCUCGUGAGUUUCCAUUCUAGUUUCAUUGGUCCAAUAGCUUCUAAGUCGCCCUGCCCAUUCAGGAUGAGAGACGGGACUAUAUCUCUUCUAAAAUUUGCUUUGAUGUUUUGUAUCAUUGUCAUAAUGUCAGGACAUUUCUUCUACAGUGUUUGACCCCAUGUGUACGCCUUUAUCAAAUCUAAUAAAUUGUAUA